GCGGGUUGGGCAGCGGCGGCCUGUCAGUGAGCGGAGACAGGCGGACAUAGAAGAGAGUCACUCAGUCAGAUUCGGAUGCAGCAGCGACUGAAUCCGCACCCAUGGCUGGGCUGUCGGCGGCGCACGGAGAGUCGGCACUCAACCUUCAAGAGAAGGAGCUCACCGACCGCUUCAAGCGGCUCUACCCCGCUGUCAACGAGCAGGAGUCGCCGCUGCCGAGAUGCUGGAGCCCAAAGGAUAAGUACAGCUACAUCGGCCUGUCUCAGAACAACCUGCGGGUCCAUUAUAAAGGUCAUGGUAAAACACCAAAAGAUGCGGCUUCAGUUCGAGCAAUGUAUCCUAUACCUGCUGCUUGUGGGAUUUACUACUUUGAGGUGAAGAUAGUCAGUAAAGGACGAGAUGGGUACAUGGGCAUUGGCCUUUCUGCUCAAGGUGUCAACAUGAACAGAUUGCCAGGCUGGGAUAAGCACUCAUAUGGUUACCAUGGAGAUGAUGGCCAUUCAUUCUGUUCCUCUGGAACUGGACAACCUUAUGGACCAACGUUUACAACUGGCGAUGUAAUUGGAUGCUGUGUAAAUCUGAUCAAUAAUACCUGUUUCUACACAAAGAAUGGUCACAGUUUAGGUAUUGCUUUUACGGAUUUACCGCCAAAUUUAUAUCCCACUGUUGGACUGCAGACACCAGGGGAGGUGAUAGAUGCUAAUUUUGGACAGCAUCCAUUUGUAUUCGAUAUAGAGGACUACAUGCGAGAAUGGAGAUCCAAAAUUCAGACCCAGAUUGAAAGAUUCCCGGUAGGAGAUCGAGAAGGGGAAUGGCAGACAAUGAUUCAAAAAAUGGUUUCAUCUUACUUAGUGCAUCAUGGUUACUGUGCCACAGCUGAAGCCUUUGCCAGGUCCACAGGGCAAGCUUUCCAGGAGGAACUAGCAUCCAUUAAAAAUAGACAGAGAAUUCAGAAACUGGUACUAGCUGGAAGAAUGGGAGAAGCAAUUGAAACAACACAGCAACUCUAUCCAGGUCUACUUGAAAGAAAAACUAACCUCCUUUUUAUGUUAAAAGUCCGCCAAUUUAUAGAAAUGGUAAAUGGGACAGAUAGUGAAGUGCGAUGUUUAGGAGGCCGAAGUCCAAAGUCACAAGACAGCUACCCAGCCAGCCCUAGAACCUUCAGCAGUCCCAGCAUGAGUCCCAACCAUGGGAGCAAUAUCCAUGUUCUAGCAGCAUGUAAAGGAAAUGGUGCACACAGUCACUUUACAGGUUAUGAAAAUAAUUGUAGCAAUGGUAUAAUAUCAAAUAAAGGGCAUCAAUCUAGCAGUCACAAGCACCCAGCCUCAUGUUUAAAUACAUCCGAACUAAAUAGUUUAAAUGCUGCAAGAUCUCAGCAAUCAAACAGCUGUAGCAGAGACAACACCGACGUAGAUAUGGAGACUGAGCACUACACCAAUGGGGUGGCAGACUCAUCACCCAAUGGCCUCCUUAAUGGCAGUUCGAAGCAUGACCAUGAAAUGGAUGAAAAUGAUACUGAUAUGGAAAUAGACUUGACUCAAUCGCGACGGCAACUUUGUGGUGGCAGCCAGGCAGCAAUCGAACGUAUGAUUCAUUUUGGGCGUGAACUACAAACCGUGAGUGAGCAGCUGAGAAGAGAAUGUGGCAAAAACACAGCCAAUAAAAAAAUGUUACAGGAUGCAUUUAGCUUGCUUGCUUAUUCUGAUCCAUGGAACAGUCCAGUAGGAUAUCAACUUGACAUAGUGCAAAGAGAACCUGUGUGUUCUGCAUUGAAUAGUGCUAUAUUAGAGUCUCACAAUCUGCCAAAGCAACCUCCACUUGCUCUCGCCAUUGGGCAGGCUUCAAAGUGUUUGGAGCUGAUGGCCCGAUUAGGAAUUGGUUCUUGUGCAUUUGCCACAGUGGAAGAAUAUUUGCACUAGCUAUGCAUUUGUAAUGCUCUUCCCAGAGGCACCUUUAAUAUUAUUGUGACCAUUUUCAGAACCAGGUCUGCUCAAGGGAAACUGACUUUUAAUUUCCAUUGAUCUUUUAGGGACAGAUUGUAAAUGUCAUUCUACUUCUGCUUCCUAGUUUACAGCAUGGUCCAGCUGUUUUCUAACUUAUAUGCACAGUUCAUUGACAUGGUUUGCAUUUUUUUAUAGCAAUGUUCAGAGGAGUUGUAACAGUGUAGUAUGUAUAUUUGUUUCAGUGGAACAUAACUGUGCUUCCUUAUUAAUUCCUCCAAACAUGUCAAAAGAUUUUCAUCUGAAAUGGGCUGAAGGAGAUUUCAGCUAAAAUAAACGAUCUAUCAUAUGGGACAAUGUCAUUCAAUCUUAAAUAUUUGGAGAAAAACUAAUUGGCUAAAAAAUGUUAGUGAUUUAAUCAAAAUUAAAGUGAAAAUGUGUGAAUAAAACUAUUUAGUUACAGAUUAAACCAAAAAACUAGGUUUUUUGUACUUUAUUAAAAUGUAUCUUUUGUGAUAAACCAAAAUUUAAAUUUGCUGUUGUGUGAGUGGAUCCCCAAUGGUGAGCAUGUCUAAUACAAAAUGGUUAAAAAUGUUUUCCAUCCCUCUGAUGUACGUCAAAAAAGUUAAAUGCUUGAGUAAUUUGGUAGACCUUUUAAGUAUAGAUGGAUGGAGGGAGAGUGAAUUCUUUUCCUUCAUAUGAGUAUUGUAAAUCUUCAUCACUCAGGAGUUGAAUGGACAGUCUCAAUGCUUGUGAUUGAUUGCAGCGUGUUGGUCCCAGUGUUCUUUUAAUUUCACCAAGGUUGUCUGUGUGCACAUGCUCUCCAUGUUUCCCCUGCCCUCUCUCCAAACAUUGUUUAAAUGCAGAGAAAUACAUUCUACACCCAUCAUUUCAACCAUUGUAAAAUAACAGUGUUAAGUACUUGUCAACACAUUGUGAUAAUGACAUUAUUUAUAAUAAACCAAAUACUUAGUGAAAAUCUGCAAUGUCUUAAUUUAAACUUUGUACACUCUGCAUUUUUAAGCAGUGCUUGAGUGAGUACUAUACUGCAAUAAACAAAUGUAUGAAUCAUAAUUAAUCAGCUAUUAAAGAUUUAAAU